AUGAAUCCAGACGCUGUAAAGUCCACUCUCACCAAUCUCGCGUUUGGAAACGUAAUAGCUGCAGCUGCUCGUAAUUAUCAAAAGGAAUUGCUUAGUGAAGAGAAAGCAGCACAAUCAAGUUCUGUAAACGAGGAGGUUGACCUUGAUGAUUUGAUGGAUGACCCCGAGUUGGAAAAAUUGCAUGCGGACAGGAUUGCAGCUUUUAAGAAAGAAGCAGAGAAACGGGAGGCAUGGAAGAAGAAAGGUCAUGGGGAAUUUAGGGAGGUAACUGAAGGGGAUUUCUUGGGUGAAGUCACUGGAAGUGAAAAAGUGAUCUGCCAUUUCUACCAUAAGGAGUUCUAUCGAUGCAAGAUUAUGGAUAAGCACUUAAAGUCCCUUUCAACAAAACAUAUUGAUACAAAGUUCAUCAGGCUCGACGCAGAGAAUGCACCGUUCUUUGUUACAAAAUUGGCAAUCAAAACUUUGCCUUGUGUCAUACUCUUCAGACAAGGAGUCGCAGUAGAUAGAUUGGUAGGUUUUCAAGAUCUAGGAGCAAAAGAUGAUUUUACCACAAGAGCACUGGAGGUUCUCCUGAUAAAGAAAGGUAUAAUUGUCGAGAAAAAAGAAGUGGAUGAGGAAGAUCAAGAAUAUGAUGAAAGUAAACGUAGAACUGUUAGAUCCUCAGCGGCUGCUGAUUCUGAUUCUGAAUAA